AUGAUACAGUGGCUUUGGGCCGGCUUGGCCACAGCCAUCAUCGGGACGCCAGCCCAAGAGUGUUUCGAGGACUCCGUCUUGGAGGCCGGAGCCGAUGCUGAAGCACUCCGCCUGCUGCAGGGCCGCGCUGCUCGCAGGAGCUUCGCAGUGGAAUUCGCAGACUCCGCUUUGGCAGCUGCAAGCGCAGAUUUCGAGUCCACUGGUUUGCAGCAGAUCGGCAGCAGGAGUACCAGCACGUGUGGCUAUGCUUUAGCGCUGCUGAUCCUCGCUUCGUUUGCGGGCAUCUGCGUGGAGUGGCUGGCACGGGGCCAGCUUCAUCGGACCUUGAUUUCCCUGCUCCUCAUCGCGGAGUGCCUGACUUCGGCAACGUACACCGUGGUCGUGCCUCUGUCCUAUGACCUGGCCACUCAUCUGGGGCAGGGAAGCGCCUUUUCCGGGCUCAUGGUGUCGGCCCCCUUUGCUGUUUACCUGGCAGGUGCGCUCCGUGCCAGAUGGGUGAUGAUGUCCUGGAACCAGGCAAAAGUCUGUACCUACAUCGUUGGGGCCUACGCAAUCUAUGUGAUUUCCACCGCGCUCUGUGCCGCUGUUGUCCACCCUCCUGCCUUUCUAUUCCUCUCCGGCAAUGCAACUCUUCGCGCCAGCCUGCUACUCGUCCUGCGCACGAGCUACGGCCUCGUCGACAGCGUCGGAGAUGUCAUGCAGAUGAUGGUGGUGAAGGUGAGCCCACAGGAAGAGCUUCGAGAACUGAUGGUCAGCAUUUUUGCCUCCAAUGCUCUGGGUUUUGGCCUCGGCCCUUUGCUGAGUGGCGCGAUUGGAGAAGUCGCGCAGGUGUCAGAUUUGGAACUCCGCGCUUGCAUUCCGCUGAUAGUAUUGGCACUUCUUUGGACGGCACUUCUGCUAGCCAUUCGCAGCAACCUGCCGCCAGAGCUCUCGGAGGCGGAGACUGGCCUCGGCAGACAGGAUGUAGACGGCGUGGAUGACGCAGAUCCUGAUGAUUCCAUUUGCGAGUCCGGCGAUUUGGCGCUCUCCAGGAGAAUUAUCUUCUGGGCCGGCCUGAUCUAUGCGUUGAUCUGUGCUGCUCUCACCUCAUCACUGGAGGCACAAACUGCUCUGGUGUUGGAGCGCCAGCUUCACUUCUCUGCACAGUCCAUCGGGCUUCUGCUUGGCAGCGCUUUCUGUGCCACGGCACCGCUCACAGUGAUGCUGAGCUGGCUGCCGACUGAGAUUGAGAGGCCAUGGCCCAUUUGUGUGGCAGUGCCCCCAAUGGUGGCCACGGUCUUCCUGUUCAAGGGCACCUGCGUUUUCUUGGGUCUUGGUGAAUUUCGACACUGGGCCAUGCUGGCAGCCGAUGUGGUGCUAUUCUCCGUGGCCCUUUGCGCGAACGGCAUUGUAGAUGCCACCGCACUUCAACACGCUGGCGGGACUCGUCUCUAUUGUCGGGAGAACUACGUCAUCGCCGCGGCCACUCUUCGUGCGGCCGGGAGCUUCCUGGGGCCGCCUGCUGUCCGAAUUCUUGCCUUUUCUGGAGAGGAUGCUGGUGCAGCCAUGCAGCUCGUGCUGGUCCUGCUGGCCAUCGUCAGCGUGGCCACGAUCAAGCACAUCGGCGCGUGGCUACACGACACUGAAGCGGACCUCUUGGCAGCGCAGUGCCGCUUGAAAGACAAGGUCGUCUCGCACCGGGAGUGA